UCUACUCUAAAUUUUAUUACAAUCUCUCCUCCGUUUUCUCUAUUUUGAACCAAACCUAUUUCUACUCUCUUCCCUCUCCUCCUUCGGUUGAACUCCAUUUGCUUGAUACAAUUUUCUUAAACCCGUGCAACAUUAAACAAGGUAUAAGUGUUACUUAUUAUUAGCACAAUAUUGAGUAGAAGGAACAAAAAUGGUGUUCGGUCAAGUUGUAAUUGGUCCUCCUGGCUCUGGAAAAACAACUUACUGUAAUGGCAUGUCUCAAUUCCUUAAUCUAAUUGGAAGGAAGGUUGCUGUUAUUAAUUUGGAUCCAGCUAAUGAUUCAUUACCCUAUGAAUGUGCUGUGAACAUCGAGGAUCUUGUGAAACUUAGUGAUGUCAUGGUAGAACAUUCUCUUGGUCCUAAUGGGGGUCUUAUAUACUGUAUGGAUUAUCUAGAGAAAAAUAUUGACUGGUUGCAAGCAAAAUUGGAACCUCUUCUGAAAGAUCAUUAUUUACUCUUUGAUUUUCCUGGCCAAGUGGAACUUUUUUUUCUUCAUUCAAAUGCCAAGAAUGUCAUCAUGAAACUCAUAAAGAAAUUAAACUUACGGUUAACGGUGGUGCAUUUGGUUGAUGCUCAUCUUUGCAGUGACCCUGGGAAGUACAUCAGUGCAUUGCUUCUAUCCUUAUCCACAUUGCUACAUCUAGAACUCCCCCACAUAAAUGUCUUGUCAAAAAUUGAUUUAAUUGAGAGCUAUGGAAAGCUAGCCUUCAAUCUUGAUUUUUAUACAGACGUGCAAGACUUGUCAUAUUUGCAGCACCAUCUUGAUAGUGAUAUUCGCGCUGCUAAGUACAGAAAGCUCACAAAGGAAUUGUGUGAAGUCAUUGAAAACUUCAGUCUUGUGAAUUUUACCACCUUAGAUAUUCAGGUACACCAGUUAGUGAAGCUGAUAGACAAAAGCAAUGGGUACAUAUUUGCUGGCAUAGAUGCAAGUGCAGUUGAGUUUAGCAAGAUUGCAAUGGGCGCUCUUGAUUGGGAUUAUUAUAGAGUUGCAGCAGUGCAAGAAAAGUACAUGAAGGAUGACGAAAAUGUUGAUGAUGAUUGAUGCGGAAAUGCUGAUCAUUCUCUUGAACAUUACUAAUAGCCCGUAAUUUCCAUUGCAGACACGAAUUAUUGUGACAACUGUAUUUCUUAUGCUUAUGGCACUAAAGAUUUUGAGAACUUUGUAGAAGAAGCAAGACUGUCAGUUAGUUUCAUGAUAUUAUGAUUACCAAAUUCCGGGCUUGUACAACUGUAAGCCGAUUAGGCUUGAUUAGCUUUGUAUAGAAUGCUACCUCCUUUUAGUAUUGAAGGAUAAUGUUGUUAUUUGUAGUCAGUUCAUAUAAAUUUUUACAUAUAGCAAAAGUAGUUGUUAAA